UGCAAUGUGCAGUUAGUUAGCAGACAGGCUCAGAGAGGCAGCAUGCAUAGAGUAUGCUCUGUAUAUACAAGGCUGGAGUGACAUGCUAUGCAGUCAAUGAAACUAACUUACUGUGCACAGAUACCAGCCUGGCACAAACUGCAUACACCAAGCCUAAGGAUAUCAGAGUAACACAAGGGCACAACAGAGAGCCUGGCGGAGAUGCAGAAAUUCAUUCACUGCCUGGAGGAUUGCUCUGACUGCUGAAGGCACAAUUCACAUUCAACGCAGCGUCCACUGACGGGAAUAUAAAAGCUCAGGAAAGAGAGAAGUUGGGUUUUUUUCUUCUGUGGCCCUGUGAUAUGUGCACAAGUCAUGCAUUUUGGAUAAGCAAGUAUUGUGCCACCUCUACCAGACUGCAAACUUGUGAAUUAAGACAAGUUCCUCAAGAGAGCUUGGCAUCCUGGUAAAAAAAAAAAAAAAAAAAACAUUAACCAUUUUUCUGUGAGAUCUUCUAAGUUUUUGGCAUUUGGUUUUUGGAAUUUUUUUUUUUUUAACUAAAUGUUCUCGGAAUUUAUGAAGAAGAAAAUGUGUGGCUUUGGUUUCUGGAAGCUGUCCAUCUCGGUGGGGUUAGUGUUGGUGAUCCUGAGUGAAGUGGCACCUCAGCCAUGUCCGGCUCAGUGCACUUGUUCUGGAACCACGGUGGACUGUCAUGGGCUUGCUCUGCGCAGCGUACCACGCAACAUUCCCAGGAAUACUGAACGACUAGAUCUAAAUGGAAAUAAUAUCACAAGAAUAACGAAGACAGAUUUUGCGGGUUUGAGACAUCUACGCGUCUUGCAGCUUAUGGAGAACAAGAUUAGUACUAUUGAAAGGGGAGCAUUUCAAGAUCUAAAAGAGCUGGAUAGACUACGCUUAAAUCGAAAUAGUCUUCAGGUAUUACCAGAAUUGCUUUUUCUGGGAACUCCAAAACUCUACAGACUUGACCUCAGUGAGAACCAGAUCCAAGCAAUCCCCAGAAAAGCAUUUCGUGGUGCGGUAGAUAUUAAAAAUCUACAACUGGAUUUUAACCAGAUCAGCUGCAUCGAAGAUGGAUCCUUCAGAGCCCUGCGCGACCUGGAAGUGCUCACCCUCAACAAUAACAACAUCACUCGACUUUCAGUGGCGAGCUUCAACCACAUGCCAAAACUUCGAAUUUUUCGACUUCAUUCCAAUAACCUAUAUUGUGAUUGUAACCUGGCCUGGUUAUCUGACUGGUUACGACAGAGAUCCCGCGUUGGCUUGUACACACAGUGCAUGGGGCCCACUCACCUGAGAGGACACAAUGUUGCUGAAGUUCAGAAGCGAGAAUUCAUAUGCAAUGGUCAGCAGUCGUUCAUGGUGUCCUCCUGUAGUGUCCUGCACUGUCCAGCUGCUUGUACCUGCAGUAAUAAUGUUGUGGACUGUCGAGGAAAAGGCUUAACUGAGAUUCCGACCAACCUCCCUGAGACUAUAACAGAAAUGAGACUAGAACAAAAUGCAAUCAAGGUCAUACCUCCGGGGGCUUUCUCACCAUAUAAAAAGCUGAGGAGAAUUGAUUUAAGCAACAACCAGAUAUCGGAAAUAGCUCCAGAUGCCUUCCAAGGCCUCCGCUCACUCAACUCUCUGGUUCUUUACGGAAAUAAAAUCACAGAACUCCCCCAACGUGUUUUUGAAGGAUUAUUUUCAUUGCAGUUACUAUUGCUCAAUGCCAACAAGAUAAAUUGUCUGAGAGUAGGUGCUUUCCAGGACCUACACAACCUGAAUCUCCUCUCUUUGUAUGACAACAAACUUCAAACCAUUGCCAAGGGCACAUUUGCACCACUGCGUGCCAUUCAGACAUUGCAUUUGGCUCAGAACCCAUUUAUCUGUGACUGCCAUCUGAAGUGGCUGGCGGAUUAUCUGCACACAAACCCUAUUGAGACCAGUGGUGCCCGCUGCACCAGCCCCCGUCGACUGGCAAACAAAAGGAUUGGGCAGAUCAAAAGCAAGAAAUUCCGCUGCUCAGGUACAGAGGACUAUAGGUCCAAGCUGAGCGGGGACUGCUUUGCUGACCUGGCGUGUCCAGAGAAGUGUCGCUGUGAAGGCACCACGGUGGACUGUUCAAACCAGAAGCUCACUAAGAUCCCAGACCACAUCCCCCAGUACACUGCUGAGUUGCGUCUCAACAACAAUGAAUUUACAGUGUUAGAAGCAACUGGUAUAUUCAAGAAACUCCCCCAGUUGCGAAAAAUAAAUCUGAGCAACAACAAGAUCACGGAUAUUGAGGAAGGAGCCUUUGAUGGGGCAAAUGGAGUGAAUGAACUCAUCCUGACCAGUAACCGAAUAGAGAAUGUACACCGUAAAAUGUUCAAAGGCCUGGAUGGGGUCAAAUCAUUGAUGCUGAGAAGUAAUCACAUUACCUGUGUGAAUAAUGACAGCUUUACCGGUCUGAGUUCUGUGCGCUUACUCUCUCUCUAUGACAAUCAGAUUGUCACAGUGGCCCCGGGAGCAUUUGAUACGCUGCAUUCUCUGUCUACAUUGAACCUUCUGGGCAAUCCUUUCAAUUGUAACUGCCACCUGGCCUGGUUUGGAAAUUGGCUGAGAAAGAAACGUAUUGUGACUGGAAACCCUCGAUGCCAAAAACCUUACUUCCUCAAGGAGAUUCCAAUCCAAGAUGUCGCCAUUCAGGACUUUACUUGUGAUGAAGGGAAUGAUGAAAACACUUGCUCACCACUUGCUCGGUGCCCAGCUGAGUGUGCCUGUCUAGACACGGUAGUCCGCUGCAGUAACAAAGGUCUAAAAGCAUUACCCAAGGGAAUACCCAAGGAUGUCACAGAGCUGUACCUGGAUGGAAACCAGUUUACUCUGGUGCCAAAGGAGCUGUCCAAUUACAAGCACUUAAUGCUCAUUGACCUGAGCAAUAACAGAAUCGGCACUGUCUCUAACCAGAGUUUCAGUAACAUGACUCAGCUCCUCACUCUGAUUCUCAGUUACAAUCGUCUUCGAUGCAUUCCUCUCCGGGCUUUUGAUGGUCUUAACUCCCUCAGGCUCUUGUCGCUCCACGGCAAUGACUUAUCUACUAUUCCUCAAGGGGCUUUUGGUGAUCUGUCAUCUCUGUCACACUUGGCAAUUGGGGCAAACCCUCUGUACUGUGACUGUAACAUGCAAUGGUUGUCAGACUGGGUCAAGUCAGAAUACAAGGAGCCUGGUAUUGCACGGUGCACUGGACCUGGAGACAUGGCUGACAAACUUCUCCUUACUACACCAUCCAAGAAGUUCACGUGUCAUGGACCUGUGGAUGUCAAAGUCCUUGCCAAGUGUAAUCCAUGUUUAUCCAACCCAUGCAAAAAUGAGGGUACCUGCAAAAACGACCCCGUUGACUUCUACCGGUGCACAUGUCCCUAUGGUUUCAAGGGUCAGGACUGUGAUAUACCUAUCCAUGCUUGCUUCAACAGUCCCUGUAAAAAUGGUGGAACAUGUCACUUGAAAGAAGGGGAGAAGGAUGGCUUUUGGUGUACAUGUCCAGAUGGGUUUGAAGGUGAGAACUGUGAGGUGAACAUUGAUGACUGUGAAGAUAAUGACUGCGAAAAUAAUUCCACUUGCGUGGAUGGAAUCAACAACUACACCUGUCUUUGUCCACCAGAAUACACAGGUGAACUCUGUGAAGAAAAGCUAGACUUCUGUUCCCCGGAAGUAAACCCGUGUCAGCAUGAUUCUAAAUGCAUAGUGACGCCGAGAGGAUACAAAUGUGACUGCACCCCGGGAUAUGUGGGGGAUAACUGCGACACAGAUUAUGAUGAUUGCCAGGACAACAAGUGUCGCAAUGGGGCACGGUGCACAGAUGCAAUAAAUGGGUACACGUGUGUGUGUCCAGAUGGCUACAGUGGUCUGUUCUGUGAAUUCCCACCUCCUAUGGUUCUACCACGUACAAGUCCAUGUGACAACUAUGAGUGUCAGAAUGAAGGUCAGUGCAUUAUGAAGGGCAAUGAUCCGUCCUGUCAAUGCACCUCCAGCUACCAAGGAAGCAAGUGUGAAAAACUCACAAGCAUCAACUUUGUGAGCAAAGAAGUAUUUCUACAAAUCCCAUCCACAAGAAUCCGCUCUCAGACGAACAUCUCACUACAGGUGGCCACAGAUGAGGACAGUGGGAUCCUCCUCUACAAAGGUGACAAGGAUCAUGUAGCAGUGGAAGUUUACCGGGGCAGAGUGCGGGUUAGUUAUGACACUGGAAAUUACCCGGCAUCUGCUAUCUACAGCGUUGAGACAAUAAAUGACGGGAAUUUUCACAUUGUGGAGCUUGUAAGCCUGGAUCAAACAUUGUCACUAAUAGUGGAUGGCGGAAACCCCAAGACCAUUACUAAUUUGUCAAAACAAUCUUCUCUGGGUUUCGAGUCCCCGCUUUACGUAGGAGGUAUGCCAAUAAAGAACAAUGUCGCUGUGCUACGUCAAUCUUCUGGACACAAUGGCACUUAUUUCCAAGGCUGCAUACGGAACUUGUACUUAAAUAACGAGCUGCAAGACUUCAAGAUGCUCAAUCUGCAAACAGGAAUAGUCCCCGGAUGUGAGCCCUGCAACAAGAAAGUCUGCAUACAUGGAACAUGUGUAGCUAGCAGUCAGUCCGGCUUCACCUGCGAGUGUGAGGGAGGCUGGUCAGGACCAUUCUGCGACCAGCAGUCCAACGACCCUUGCCUAGGACACAAGUGUGUCCAUGGAACCUGUCUGCCAAUCAAUGCAUUUUCCUAUAGCUGUAAAUGUUCCUCCGGCUAUGGGGGAGUCCUGUGUGACGAAGCUGAAGAACCGAUUAACCCUUGCCAGUCUCUUAAGUGUAAACAUGGGAAGUGUAGGGUUUCAGGUCUGGACAAAGCCUAUUGUGAGUGCAACACUGGUUACACCGGAGACAGCUGUGAUAAAGAAAUCUCUUGCCGAGGGGAACGGAUCAGAGAUUAUUACCAAAAGCAGCAAGGUUACGCUGCUUGCCAGACGACCGAGAAGGUAUCGCGACUAGAAUGCAGAGGAGGAUGCACAAAUGGUCAGUGCUGCAGACCACUGAGAAGUAAGCGACGGAAAUACAUUUUCGAGUGCACUGAUGGCACCUCAUUUGUGGACGAAAUUGAGAAAGUCAUAAAAUGUGGCUGUACAAAGUGCCCCUCCUAAAUAUGUAACCUUCAGAAGCCCUUUGAAAACGUUGUAUACCUUUUAUGACCGUGUUGGACUAAUUCAAACUUGAUAGUGGAAAAUAUUUGGAAUAUAUUGUAAAAUACAGAAACAGACAUAUUUUUAUUAAGAAAAAAAAAAGAAAAUGACAUUUUCCUCACUGGCAAUUCAAAAAUGAAAAAGUCUAAAGCAAGACUUCUCACAGAGAAGAGAAGAACAAUAAUUCUAAAGUCUACGAAGAUGUUUCGUGAUGGAAGAGAACUACAACUGCUGUUCGACAGGGUUUGCUCAUCAUUAGAUGCUGGAAAAUGAGUCUAAAAAUCUAUCCCAGACAAGGAGUCAUAAAGUGGUUAACAUAUCAGCAUUGAUGAGCCCUGCCGAUUGGUGAGCCACACAUUUAAUCAAAGACAAGCUGUGAAUGAUAAGGGAUCAAGUUGAUUCUGUCUCUUGCAUUGAGGUUACCCUACCUGAUCAGCUAAAGCGUAUUAAGGAACUUUGCGCAUUCCAAGUCAUCUGAUGAGGAACAGUAAUGGGGACGGACAUUAGCCCAGAGUAGAUUUCUGGUUCCAAAAAUGUUAUUGUCACAUGAUAGCACAAGAAGCUUAAAGAAGUCUUCAUCUAGCCAUUUUCCAGUAUUAUCUUUUUAUUGUAAUAUAAAAAUUAACUGGGCCAUUAGUAAAAAAAAGUCUGGUAGUUUUUUAAUUAGGAAUAAUUUUACAAAAUGUUUAUAAAACAGUAUUCAGAAUAUGAAUGAAACAUAUUUAUUGUAUCAGAGUACAUCAUUCUUAACACUUUUAGGUUAUCCCUUUUUGCAAUGCUUUAAUAUAUAUUAAUUUAUAUUUGUCCUGAUAUUUUUCUAUUUUGGUAAACACAAAAUGACUCAAAGUCAGGAUUUUUUUUCUCUUAUAGAAGUAACAUAGCAAAUAGUGUCUGACGGAUUUGUUUUGUCUGAUAUGUGUUCGCUAAUGUGGUUGUGUAACCGGAAUGUUGUCAAACUCUGGAAACAAUGCCAGAAAAUGUACAUUAGAGUGUCUUCACAUUAGAUCGAAAUGAUAUAGAAGUAUUUUUCCCUAGCUAUAAUAUAAAUAUAAUGUAUCUUUACAUAAAACUAAAAUUGUGUUCUAGGCAUACAGAUGUCUCUAGGCUUUAGUAAACCCUUUCUAUCCCCUCCCCCAUGAAGUUUUAUCUGUCUUAUGGAGCAGUUUAUACUGUUCUCAAUUGUGAUUUUUAUUUCCCUAUAAUAAGACUACCAUAGUAUUACGUGGUUCCCAUGUUAAUAUGCUGCUGCUAAACUACAGUACAUGAUUGUUAAUGGUUGGUAGUGGGCUGUGCUCUUCUUUCCUUAAAUAAAGAAAACAACAGGCACUCUGUACAAAAAAUAUUUGUUAAGUUCAGCAUUUUAUAAAUUUGUAUUUACAAAAAAAAUAGGUGUACAUGUGUAAUACAGCGUUCUUUGUCUUACCUGGACUGAUAUCAGUAAUGCAACUGAUGUUUGUAAAUUAAACAGAUAUUACUUCCA